AUGUCGAGCGACGACCCAAAACAGGCGGCACAUGAAGCCGAAUCAUUACGGAAGCUGGCCUUUUUUGGUAAGUUGGAAUUUCAAAACUCUUAAAUCCUUCUUUAAAAAAUUUAUUACCAUCGGGAAAAUGUCUAAGAAAAGAAAAACUUUGAGAUUAAGGGAGCAAGAGGCUGAUUUUCAAUGAACUCGCCCAGAAAAAAAGGCAAAAAAGAGCUUCAGAACAUUCUAUCUAGAAAUUCAGAAAGAUUUCGAGAUGUUUCGGAGAUUUUUUGAAAGUAUUUUAAGACUUCUUCUUCGUUAAACCCACUAGAAAGUAUUUCGAAGCUCUCAUUAGUUUAUAGAGCGUAUUUUAAUCAUCCUGAUUGAUUUUCUAAGCCUUUUUCGGUAAAAAUAAGGGACACCUCUUUCCAGGGAUCACGAUUUCAACAGUCGCCACGUUGACCGCAAUUAUUGCUGUCCCGAUGCUCUACAACUACAUGCAACACGUUCAAUCUUCACUUCAAGCUGAGGUGAACUGAACAUUUUUUGAAACCUGCGAGAAAUACGUUUCUAAUCAGAUAGAAGGACGUCCAAAAAACAGUAAUAUACUUUUUUGACGGUUGUUGAAGAGAUGAUACGAAAAUAUGGUUUUAUGAACUACAUUAAAGCUUUUUCCUUAUUUUGAAAGUGAUUGACUUUAUUUUUCAAACCUGAGUUCAUUAACAAAAUUUUUUUGGGACUCUCUACCAAGUCUCAAGUAAAGAUUACUUGAUUUAAAAAGUUAAUUUUUUUCUUCUAUAAGAAAAAGUUAGAGUGAUAAAGUGUCUUUAAUAAUAUUUGAACUUUUUUUUAAAAAUAAAAAAAUAAACUGAAUAAAAAAACUGGUAAUCAUAUUUUUCAGGUGGACUUCUGCCGCCACCGGACAAACGGCCUUUGGGAUGAGUACAAUCGAGUGAGAUUGAACUGAAAUAAAAUUCAGAAAAAAAAAUCCUGGGUCUGAAAAUUUCCAAAAACCUGUAUUUUUGCCACUUUUUUCUGAAUCAGAUCAUCCUAGGCUUCGAGCUUAAAAUCAGAAAAAUUUCUAUUAUUUUUUGUUUUCAUCGAAUCAUUAUUUUCAGAAUGCUUAAUGCACCUUUAAAAUCCACAAAGCCCUUUUCAAACGGUCUAACUUCCAAAAAUUCUAGGUUCUUAGCCAGAAAAUCUUCUUGACAACAACUUUCCGUUUUUUUUUUGAUGCGCAAGCCCUUUUCGUUACUGAGCUUGAUGUGUUUUUCAAAAUCCCACGAAAUUUUUUGCUGAUUGACUAUAUCCUAGUUUUCUUUUUCAAACGUCUCAAGAUUUGCCAAAUGGAAAAGAAAAGGAAAGAGAGGAAAAAAGACGGGUUCACUCGACUUUUCGCCCCUUUUCCAGCCACCGACACACACACAUUAUUAGAAGGAAAGUGCCGCCGGCAAUGGAAUAAACGUUUCAAAACUGGUGGCCAUCAAGUGGUUUUGGUUUGGCGGAUGGAUGUGUCUGUGUGUGUGUGAGAGAACGAGUAAACGAAUUAGGAUUCGGACCGAGAAAACCCAUUUGGACUGUGAAUAUGUAGUUACUUGUUUUGCUGCGCCUUGGAAUAGUGAGGUACAAGAAAAUGGUGGCUGAAAACAGACGUGAGGGAUGAGAAGGAAAAAUAACAAGGUUUUAGAGAAAAACGCUAACGUGGUUAUCGUUUUUUAUCACUAAAGUGGUCAUGAAAAAUCACAGAAUCACAGACAAUCAUUUUAAAACACUUUUUAAUUUUAAAAGAUGAACAUUUCUUCAGAACAACCAGCAAGAAGAUAUGUUCCAUUAAGGUCACAAGGCUAAAAUGGAACACAAAAAAGGCUUUAAAAAUUACGUAUAGGCCUUCAGGCAAUACUGCUACUUCAUAAGAAUUGACAUCACAGAUUGAAAAAAAAGAUCAACUAUAAUCAAGUGAUAAUCAAGACUACCUUCAUGAUUUUUUAAAGAGACACGGACGUUUCAGUUCGAGACGAUAACCGGCACGACUGGUCGGAUCAAGCGAGCGGCGGUCGUCAGCCAGCGUCGCUCUAACGGAGUCAGUGGCCGACGACGUCACGCAAUCGCCCGCGGCGCUGCCAGCUACAACGGCGGCUACGCUACUGAGACGGCCGCCGUUGAGGCAGGCAGCUGCUGCUCUUGCGGAGUUGGAGCUUCCGGACCACCAGGACCUCCAGGCGUCGACGGCAACCCAGGAAACGACGGUCAGCCAGGUCUCGCCGGCCAACCCGGCGCAGAUGCUCAUGGCGACGAGCAGCCGACUGCCACCGACUUCUGCUUCGACUGUCCAGCAGGUUAAAAAAAUUCAGAGAUCAAAAAGCCUUGCUAGAAUGAAACGAAAAGGUUAUUCUGCUUUCAGGACCAGCCGGACCACCAGGUCGCCCCGGACCCAAGGGCGCGACCGGAAAGCCAGGUGCGCCAGGACCAAGCGGCGGAGCGGCUCUCCCAGGAGCUCCAGGUCAAGCCGGACCACCAGGACCACCUGGAAACGACGGCGCUCCAGGCAACCCAGGAGCGCCAGGUAAUCCAGGACAGGUGAUCGAUGUGCCCGGCACACCUGGGCCCGCGGGACCACCAGGACCACCCGGUCCGGCCGGACAACCAGGACAGCCAGGACUUCCCGGAAACUCGCAGCCAGGACCGCCAGGACCUCCAGGAGACGCCGGACAAGACGGAGCACCAGGAAACCCAGGAGCGCCAGGUCUUCCCGGGGAGAACGGAGAGCCUGGCGCCGGCGGCGGCUGCGACCAUUGUCCGCCACCUCGCACAGCGCCAGGAUAUUAA